UUCAUUCAUAACAGUCACACACUACUGGCAGGACCACCGAUCACUUCUUGUGCCACAUCUCAUUGCUUUGUCACUCACCAGAGAAAAAUGGACGCAGAAGUCAGUAACGAGAAGAUGGUGAUCCGGUCCUGUAAACAGCUGCAGGAGAAGCUGAACGGAAAGAGCACCUGCUACAAGAGGAACCUGCUGAGGGAUGAGAACUUCAUGCAGUGGAAGUUGUACGAGACGAUGAGCCACCUCAGCCCGGAGACAAACAUCAUGGUGAACUACGAACACUCCCUGCUCAACACGGACUGCACGGUGGACCUGGCUGUGGGCGCAACGGACGAUCAGACCUUCCCGCCAACAGUCCUCGAGAUCAAGAACGGGAAGCGAGGCGCCCAGCCGAAGAGCGUGCGGUCGAACUUGGCCCGUCUGGCCUUCCUGCUGCACAAUAACGGCUGUAACGAGGGCUUCUUCGUCUGGAUGGGCAGCCGGAUCGCUCUGGACCUGUUCGACGCCGGAAACAGCUGCGGACUGGACUACGAACAGAAACUGGUGGUCCGACCGCGGGACGUGAGCAGGAUCUCGCGGAAGGGGAACUACCCCAUCCCGGCAACCUUCAGCCGCAAGGUCAUCUACAGCUCGUGUGAGGGCGGCGGCAAGUACAACAUGUGCGUCCGGGUCUAUAAGGUGACGGUCCCAGUUGGCGAACCGAACUACAAGAACAGGAACUUCAGUAAGGGGCACCUGGCGCCGUUCCUGCAGUCUGCCUACGCCGGCAACACCACCACAUCACUGGGCUGCGACUUACCCGUCAAAAUGGACCCACUUAUAGCUACGUACUACCGGAGAGCCAGUAUACCGGACAACCUGGUGCGGAAAAAGCGCGGGUCGAACCCGGACCUGCCACCCAUCGAGCAGGCCACCGAGUCAACCAGGGCCUGGCUAGCCGGCAAGAGGAUGUCAAUCAUUUAGACC